GAAGGAGAAGAAGCAGCAGCAGGAGGAGGAGAAUACAAAAGGAAAAAGAAAAAGGGACCUGGCACAAGGGUAGCAGCAGAAGGAGCAGUCCACCAUCGCCAGCGCAGCCUCGAAAUCCGCAAGCCUGUAACGGGAACCGUACCGAGGGACUUGUGUGCAUAAAGCGAGUGCCCGCUUUUCUCCGCCUGUGCCAUGAGCGUUCGCUGAGAACGGGCUGCAUGUUAAGGAGGAGGAGGAGGUGAAAGAAGAAGAGGCUGGGAGACGUGUGCCCCGGGGUCCCUUUGUUAUUGCUGCUGUUGUGACAUUGUGGGGAGAGUGCGCUCCUACAUUGAUUGCGAUUGCACCGAGUAACCCCGUGCAAAGUGAACGCCAAGAAGUUUAAUAUUUUGCAUUCACGGCGAAAUUUCUGGUCACCAAGCCACAGAAGAAGAUCUUCGCAACAUGCAAAAAUCUGAAGGUGAAAGGGCCACUGAGUGUUGAUCAUGGCGCAGCUCGAGGUCUUGUCCGCCUUGGACAAAGCGAAAACGCAAUGGUACCACUUUACGGCGAUUAUUAUUGCUGGCAUGGGGUUUUUUACCGACGCUUACGAUUUGUUCUCUAUCCCCAUCGUUACGAGACUUCUUGGGCGAAUCUAUUAUUAUGACCCUCUCACUGGCAAACCUGGAAGCCUACCCGCAAACGUGAACGCUGCAGUUAAUGGAGUAGCCUUGUGUGGAACUUUGGCGGGCCAACUGUUCUUUGGGUGGCUUGGUGACAAACUGGGACGCAAGAAGGUGUACGGAAUGACGCUCAUGAUGAUGGUCGUAUCUGCUCUUGCAUCUGGUCUUUCCUUUGGCCAUACAGCGGCGUCUGUGAUGACAACACUUUGCUUUUUCCGGUUCUGGCUCGGAUUUGGAAUCGGUGGCGAUUAUCCGCUGUCAGCGACCAUCAUGUCAGAGUAUGCGAACACCAGGACUCGAGGUGCAUUCAUUGCGGCAGUAUUUGCUAUGCAAGGGACGGGUAUAUUGUGUGCUGGGGCGGUCGGGUGCAUUGUUUCUGCCAUCUACAACCAUGCAGUCCCUGCACCGCCUUUUAAUGUCGACCCUGUUGCCUCGGUACCGAACUCUGCGGACUUUGUGUGGCGCGCCAUCCUUAUGUUCGGUGCGGUACCAGCUGCUGCAACGUAUUAUUACCGAAUGAAGAUGCCCGAAACAGCUCGAUUUACAGCGCUUGUGGCUGGGAAUGCAAAGCAGGCUGCCCAGGACAUGUCCAGCGUACUUCAAAUGGAAGUCCAGGCCAUCCAAACACGUACUGAAAAAAGAAUUGAAUACGGUCUGUUUUCGGCCGAAUUUUUCAGGAGGCAUGGCGCUCAUCUGCUAGGCACAACCUCGUGUUGGUUCUUACUGGAUGUGGCCUUUUAUUCACAGAAUCUGUUCCAGAAAGAUGUUUACACUGCUGUUGGUUGGCUCCCUUCAAGCAGUUCCAUGUCUGCCGUGCAAGAGGUUUUCAAAAUCUCAAGGGCGCAGUCACUGAUCGCACUGUGCUCAACCGUGCCAGGGUACUGGGUCACAGUAUUUCUCAUCGACCGCAUUGGGCGAUUUAAAAUCCAGCUCCAGGGCUUCUUCUUCAUGACGGUGUUCAUGUUAGGCCUCACCAUCCCCUACGAUCAUUUAAAGAAGCACAACAGCACUGGCUUCCUUGUCAUGUACGCACUUACCUUCUUCUUCGCAAAUUUUGGUCCAAACAGCACGACCUUCAUCGUUCCUGCGGAGCUCUUUCCCGCUCGCUUCCGGUCGACUUGCCAUGGCAUUUCUGCAGCGGCUGGAAAAGCUGGCGCAAUAAUUGGAUCUUUCGGGUUUUUGUACGCCGCCCAAAGCCCCCACCAGGCCGAGGUUGAAGCAGGAUACUCCAAGGGAAUUGGUAUCAAGAACGCGCUGCUCAUCCUUGCCGCCACCAAUGCUUGCGGCUUCUUCUGCACAUUUUUGGUGCCCGAGACAAACCAAUUGUCAUUGGAAGAGUUGUCUGGAGAGAACGACGAAAAUGCUCAAAGCGCUGCAGAAGGAAGGGAGAUGGCGGCUGCCAACGGACAUCAAAAGGGCACGAACGGAGGAAACAGUGUCACCUAGAAAACUUAGUUGUUCCUCCAGAAACAUGAUUCCAAGUAGAAUCUAGCUUGCUUUACAACUCUUGAGGGAAGAUGUCAUAAUUGCUAGGUACGUUGCUCAAAUCAUUAGUAGGGUCUUCAAACCUGACUGCAGAUUAACAUCACUAUCUCCAGGAUGACUCCAGAUAUACUUUGCCUACAAGAACUUACACGACCCAAGAGGUGUGUUAUGAACACCAGUAGCAGUUGGCAAUCAAGAAUAUAGAUUAGCGACUUGUCUGUAGUGAAGUCGACAUGCCUAGAACUUGUUAGGACCUUCGUCGAGAGGAGAAUAAAAGGGAGUGGAGCUUUACAAUCUUAGGCAUUAGUGGGGUACUGUCAGUAAUUGGAAACUUUGUGGAGGGGUGGAACUCCUGUACAAACAGCUUCCCCAUUACAUGUUGAUCCUACGACUCCUGGUCGAACAAAUUAGAUUGCUUUCUCCAAUUCAUUUGAUCCUUUUCUA